AUGAAGUCGCUGAAGCCGGGGCUGGUGGGGACGGGCGGGGCGGCCACCGGCUCCUCGCCGCCCCCCCGCGAGGAGGGCUUGAUCGGGGUGGUUUUGAUAACAGAAACCAGGACGCGCUUCGGGGAGCCCUGGCAAAAAAUCACCGGGGGAGCCGGCGGCAGCCGCUCCGCCAUCGCCGACCCCUGGCGGGCAGCGGCGCGGGAAGCGGGGAGCGAGGCGGCGGGGGCGCUCCGCGGCGGCUCAGCCCCGCUGUCCGAGCCCGCGUCCCGGGGUGGGGGGGGUUGCGGAGCGGCACGGAGGUCCCGCGGUCGCCGCCACCUGUCGCCGCCCGGGCCCGCCUCAGCCGCUCAUCGCCGGGGACGGCGGCUCCCGGCGGGGUCUCGGUGCCUUCCCCCCCCCCACCUCCGCGGCCAGCCCCGAGCGGAUCCGCAAAGUCAGCGGCGGACCCCGGCCAUAGCAACGACCGGGGUGAAGCAGCCGCAGCCUCCCCGCACCUUUCCGAAGCGGCGCCGGCCCCGCUGGCAGCUCCGGUCCCGGCGAUGCCCGAGGAGGAGCCGGAGCCGCCGCCGCGACCCCUCCGCGCCCACAGCCCAGGCCAAGCCCCAGAUUUUCCCGCGUUACAUUUCGCGCCUGAGCGUAACCAAUCAACUAAACCGGCGCGGGCGUCACGGAGCGGCCGUUCCCGCCGACCAACCGCUAGGCGGGGAAGCUAACGGCCCCGCCCCCGGGAGCGGGGCCCGAGCAGGACGCGGCUUCGCUUCUGCCGCCCUAUUGGACAGGCGCUCGGCUCACCGGCGGAAUUCGAAACUGAGUGGGCUCGCGGGCCGCUGCGGCCCCCCCGCCCCGCCGCGGCUCCCUGUCUCGGAGGAGACGCUGAUUGGCCCGCCGCGGCGGGGCGGGGUACUGAAAGGCUGCAAGAAACUGAACCUGUCUGUACAUUCGGUGGGACGCAUCCCAGGGGGCUAUGUCACCAACCACAUUUACACCUGGGUGGACCCGCAGGGCCGGAGCGUGUCCCCGCCGAUGGGCCUGCUGCACCACCAGAACAGCUCCCUCCGCAAGGACAGUGAGAAGAGGAGCCACCUCCAGCUCCUGCAAGAGGGAGAUGAGAAAAAGGUGAAUCUGGUCCUGAAUGAAGGGAAGUCCCUGGGCCUGAUGAUCCGAGGAGGGGCCGAAUAUUCCCUGGGCAUCUACAUCACCGGUGUAGAUAAAGGCUCUGAAGCAGAGAGCACUGGCUUGAAGGUAGGAGACCAGAUCCUGGAGGUGAACGGCAGGAGCUUCCUCAGCAUCCCCCAUGACGAGGCGGUGAAGCUGCUCAAGUCUUCCCGCCACCUCAUCAUGACGGUGAAGGACAUCGGGAGGCUGCCCCAUGCCCGCACCACUGUGGACGAGACCAGGUGGAUAGCAAGCUCCCAGAUCGGAGAGACCCUUGUCAACUCAGCAGGGGCAGUGGGAGACCGUGCUGCGGAGGCGACAGCCAGGCCUGUGUUUUACCGGGGCCUGGCCGGCUCCCAGGUAACGCUGAGCAGCAUGGUGAACCAGACCCGAGUCAUGCUGGAGGAACAGGCACGGCACCUACUGAAUGAACAGGAGCGGGCGACCAUGGGGUAUUACCUUGAUGAGUAUAAGGAAGGCAACAUCUCCGUGGAUGCUCUGGUCAUGGCGCUCUUCGAGCUACUCAACACACAUGCUAAGUUCUCACUGCUUUCAGAGGUGCGGGGUGUGAUCUCCCCGCAAGACCUCGACCGCUUCGACAGCCUGGUGCUGAAGAGAGAGAUUGAGUCCAUGAAGGCACGUCAGCCCUCGGGGCCCAGCAUCGGCACCGACUCCUACUCUAUGAUGUCCUACAGCGACACCGUCUCUUCCUCCAGCAGCCACUUCACUGCCACAACUGUCAGCUCAGCGCGGAACACGUCAGAAUUGGAGGAAGGUGGAGACAGCCACCAAAGUAGUGUCAACACCCUGCCGGACAUCUCCCUGGAUGAUAUUUCCUCCUUCCCAGAUGAACCACCCAACUUCAAGCCUCCGCCUCCUCCUUCAGCCCCUCAGAUGCUGGACCCCUCUGCUGCCCAGCACAGGAACCCAGGGAAAGACAAGCCCAAGCGCCCUUCCUCUGAGUCGUCUCAGUCAGGCCUUUUCUUCGUGGCCCCCCGAAACCCCAGUCCCCCUCCUGGCCACCCCGAGAAGGACACGGUCAGCAUAACCUCCACUGCUACCACAUCCACCGAGGAGUCUGCCCCGAGCGCUAUCUAUGCUACCAUUUCCCCGGCCCUGCACAGCUCCAGGAGGCAAAUGGAUGCCCAGCUCUCCUUGGUCAGCCAACACCCCAUCGGUCCCUUCCCCAGGGUCCAGUCCCCAACGAGGCUGAAGAGCCCACCCCCAGAUGGCCCUGCAGCCGGUGGGCUUCAGAGCCCCCCUUCCCCGUCCCCUCCUCCUCCCCCACCCCACCCGGCACCCCCUCCACCGGACAAGGGCAGCCCGCAGGCCUUGGCCAACCAGCAUUUCAUCAUGGUGGAGGUGCACCAACCCAACAGCGAGCCCGAUGUCAACGAAGUGAGGCCCUUGCCCCAGGCCAGAGCCUCCACGCUCUCCCAGCUGUCGGACAGCGGGCAGACCCUCAGCGAGGACAGCGGGGUGGACAUCGGGGAGGUCGAGAUGAGCGGCAAGGACAAGAACCGGCAGCUGGUCCCUGGGAAAAGCCGAAGCCUCAAGGAGGCCAUGAGGAGCGAGGGGGCGGCAGAAGGGGCUGCCAAGCCGCCAGGGCUCCUGGAGCCCACGUCGUGUCUGAUCCGAGUGUCCAAGAGCGCACCGACCUUGGGGAUCGCCAUCGAGGGUGGAGCAAACACGCGGCAGCCGCUGCCCCGCAUCGUCACCAUCCAGCGUGGGGGCUCAGCACACAACUGCGGGAAGCUGAAGGUGGGCCACGUCAUUUUGGAGGUGAAUGGCACGGGGCUACGAGGCAAAGAGCAUCGGGAAGCUGCCCGUAUCAUCGCUGAAGCCUUUAAGCUGAAGGAAAAGGACUACAUUGAUUUCUUGGUCACAGAAUUCAACGUUGCCCUUUAGGAACCCGAAUGGGUUUUGGAAGCAGCCCUGGGGAUGGGGAUG